GCGGCGGAGAGCCCCAAGGAGGUGCCGCGAGCGCCCGCCGCGCCCGCCGCCGUCGCGGCGGCGGCGAGCGCCCCAGAGGCGCAGGCCGAGGGGCCCGCCGCGGUCGAGCCGGCGGUGGUCGGCGCCGCUGGCGGCGGCGCGCAGGGCCCGGCAGCAGUCGAGGUUGCCGGCAGCGUCGAGAAGCGUUUCACCGACAGCACCGGGCCCAUAGGCGUGCCCAAGCUCGGGCUGCAGCAGGCGUCGUUCCAGGCCCAGGCCGGGAGGUACCAGACCAGCACCGCCAACGUCGGGUCCCCGCGCAAGCCCCUCGGCCGUGGCCGCGCCGAGUUCAAGCCCAUGUCCAGCUCCAAGACCCAGGCCAGCGCCGGGCGAGGGGCGGCGGGCAACGGCGCUGGGAAGGGCGCCGGGAGGGGCGCCGCCGGAGGGCGAGGCCGAGGCGCUGGCCGCGGCGGCGAGCCGCAGCGCCCCUCCGCGUCCGCGCGGUGAGGAGGAGGUCCCCGGCGGCGGCUGGGGCGGCGCCUUCCCAGAGCAGGCCUUGGAUGGGGCGGCGGCGGCAAGUUUGUAGGUCUC